GUAUUAAAUACGGGAAUACGGUAUCAAUACUAUAUCAAACGCCGACUCGAUACCGAAAAAAAAUAAAUUUAUUAGUUGUAAAAAUAAAGUACAUGCCUAUCGAACGAAUAGAAUAUCUCAUACAUACAUACAUGUAGUAUUCACGAGAUACAGUUAACUACUGCAUCGUUGAACAAAUUCUAACUAUUUACAUCCCGCCGAAUUGUGUUGAAUAUUCUUCUCCUACAAAACAUAUUAGAUCUUCAUUGUGAUCUUAAUUUAGUUGUACAAGUGUAUAAAGUUAAUAUUAUUAUUAAUUUUUGAUCAUAAUUGGGUUAACAGUUAGACAAAAUCUGGGAAUUGAAAACAUGGGGGCAUAUCUUUCAAAGCCGAUAACAAAAAAAAUCUCGACUGACGAGAUAGGACAGAAUGUGGCGUUUGGCGCGAGUUCUAUGCAAGGGUGGAGAGUCAGUCAAGAGGAUGCUCACAAUUGCUGCAUAAACUUUGAUGGAAAUGCCUCACUAUUUGCUGUUUAUGAUGGCCAUGGUGGUCAUGAAGUUGCUCAUUAUUGUUCCCAAAAGUUGCCUGAAUUUAUCAAGGAAACUGAUGCUUAUAAACGUGGUGAUGUUAGGCAAGCCUUGAUUGAUGCUUUCCUCGGUUUUGAUGCAACACUAACAAAACCAGAAAUCAUAAAAAUUUUGAAAGAAAUAGCAGGAACAAAAGUAUCUCAUACUGACAAAGCUGAAGCUUGCGAUUCUGAUGAAGUCAGUCAUCUACGGAUGGAAGCUGAAAUGCCACUUGAACAACUUAUUGGUCAAUAUGGACCUGAAUCAGAUGCAUCUAAAAAUGAAAAUUGCUCCAAAAAAGGUAUUUCAAAUUCAUACUUUCGUUGUAGAAAAGCUAAAGAUAAAGAUCCAUCAUGUUCAGGCAGUUCAAGUUCAUGGGGGACAAGUGAAGCUGAUGUCAGCAGUUCAAGUAGUAGCAGCCAACCGUGUGCCUCAACAUCAGGUAUAAAUGAUAAAAUUGAUAUUAAAGAUGAUAAAGAUGAACAAAUAUUACACUCAACAACAAGUAAUGGUGAAGUAUCGCAUAGUGAAGAUACUGUUGAUAAAAAAGAAGUAAAGUCAGAAUUACCUGACAGUUCCGAAGAUGUUAAUGAACAAGUAUCAUCAAAAAAUGAGAUCAAAAUUGAGGCUGAAGUUAAUGGUAAAAAUAAAUCAAGUUGUGAUACUAAUAGCAGUAAAGUCGAUAGUGUUUCAAGCUCAUGUGCAUUUGUGAAAAAUGGUGAAGCUUGUCAGCAAGAAUCGAUCAGUAGCAGUUUUCGAAAAGCACCCUUGAGACGUGAGUUUAUACGACAAAUAAUUUCAAGAGUGAAAUUUGGUCAAUCUGGCGAUGAUGAUAAUGAAAACGAUAAUGAUGAUGAUGAUGAUGAUGAUGAUGAUGAUGAUGAUGAUGAUGAUGAUGAUGAUGAUGAUGAUGAUGAUGAUGAUGAUGAAGAUAAUGAUGACGAUGAUGAAGAUAAUGAUGAUGAUGACGAUGAUGAUGAUGAUGAUGAUACGGAGGAUCUCGAUGAGGAUGAAGAUUCAAGUAUAGAUGAUGAAUUUGACGACGAUGAAUAUGAAGCUGAAAAUAACUUCACUAUAUCUGAAGAACCAGGCUCAGAUUCAGGUUGUACUGCUGUUGUUGCACUUCUUCAUGGUGAAAACUUGUAUGUUGCAAAUGCUGGUGAUUCAAGAUGUGUCUUAUGUCGUGAUGGUGAAGCACUUGAGCUCAGUUUGGAUCAUAAACCUGAAGAUACACCAGAAAUAAAAAGAAUUGUUAGAGCUGGUGGUAAAGUAACUGCUGAUGGAAGAGUCAAUGGCGGUCUUAAUCUUUCAAGAGCGAUUGGUGAUCAUGCCUACAAACAAAAUACACAACUUCCACCUGAAGAUCAAAUGAUUUCAGCAGUUCCUGAUAUUAGGCAUAUUUUAAUUGAUCCAAAAAGAGAUGAAUUUCUUAUCUUAGCUUGUGAUGGAAUUUGGAAUUUUAUGUCUAGUUCUGAAGUCGUGAAGUUCGUCAAAGAGAGAAUCAAUGAUGCUGGAGAUAAUAUUUCAAAAGUUUGUGAAGAGCUUUUUGACCACUGCUUAUCUCCCAACACACUUGGUGACGGCACAGGCUGUGACAAUAUGACAGCAGUUAUUGUUAAAUUUAAAAAUUUAACACCAAUUCCCAAAAAUAAUAUUGAAAAUAACGAAGUUGAAGAUACAAAAAAAAGAAAAGCAACACAAAAUCCAGAAUCCAAUGAAUCUGUUACAAAUGACAAUCCCAUUGAUGAAAAACGAGCUAAAAUUGAAGCCGUUUGAAAAUGUUAAUUUUAACAAUGGCGGAAAAAGAAAAAAAGGUUGAUAAAAACUGACAGAAAGAAAUGAAAAAAGAAAAACAUGAACUAUCUAAAGUGAACGUGAGUUAGUUUUUCUGAUUAUUUUUAUCGUUUUUUUUUUUUUUUUUGAAUAAUUAUUUUUUUGUUUACCAACAUUAAAGUCAGCAAUUAUAAAGCUCUUCUCUCUUACGCCCCUACGCACGAUUGUGUUUUGGUAAAAUUGAAAUUUAAAGAAAAAAAAUCGAUGUAUUGUGUGUUCAAGUUAAUUUUUAACAAUUUGGAGCACAUGGAGUUGAUUCGAGGAAG